GAACAGUCCAGCAAAGAGAGAUUACCUGAUAGUUGGUGUGCUAUGCUAUACAAACCUAAUAAAUUUCAUGGAUUGGUUUAUUGUACCAGGAGGGAACUCUGCUUACAAUCUGCAGCUGGUAGCACAGCACUCUGCUCUGUGCUGCGGCAUUCUUCCCUCAGUGCUCAGAGUUUGGCUGUCCAUACCUGGCAACAUCUCGUUAAAUAUAAGUUAACAGAAAGUGAAGGAGAGGCACAAGUAUUUAUUUUCAAGUAAACUGCUGGCACCGAAGAAGCUGUGUUCUUCAGUUUUCUCACAAGAUUUGACAGUUUUCGUCAAUCUUGAUGUGCUAAACUUGCUCUUACAUGUAACUGUCUGCUGGAAUUGAGACUUCUAUUCACUAAAAGUAGAGAUCACGCAGACUUUUGCCCUUCUGUUACACUGUUCCCAGCUGCUCACAUCCAUGCUUUGGCAUUGGCUGGUAUGUGGUCGGGCCAGUUACUGUGGUUAUCUGGAGGGAUGGUGUUUGAGUGGUGCUCAGAGUGAACGUUCGUUGGAGCUGAAGUUGUGGUUCCAGCCAGGCGCUGUAAUAGCUGCGGUUUGUACCGAAUACUCCAUAGGUUCAAAGCUGAAGUUCUCAUAGUUCAGCCUUUCUAUCUAUUGAUCAUCACCUACUGGAAAGAAUAGACGCAGCUAAUUACUGUGUUGUAGUUCUGCAAAAUCUAAGGCAGGCCUUCUGCAGGCAUUUGUUGUGCUGAAUGAGGUCACAGACUUUAACUUUCUCACUUUGGAACACUCUAAAUUUGUUGAGAGUCAUUGCGAGAAACCUCUAAAACACUGCACCAACUUCAAAUCCCGCCAGUGAGUGGGGGGGGGACUGCGAGGUGCUGGUGGAACUGCAGCCUUGGAACGACAGAGAGAUGGAAAUGCGCUCUGUGGCUCAGCAGUGUUCACAAAGUGCUGCAUCUAUGGAUUUGCCUUCAGUUGGUUGCUUUCUGUGGCUUGCUUCCUCGCUUUUUGACAGCUCCUCUAACCUCUUCCACAGCCACUGAAUGGUUGGAGCUGAGGCAGAACUCCUGUCAGCUGCUUAUCACAAACAGAAACAAUAACUUCUGGUGAAGUUUUUCUGUCUCUUCCUCCACUAACAAAGUGUUAAUUUGAAAAUGCAUCUUCAUAUCUCAGCUAAUUUCUGCAAAACUCUCAUGGAACCGUGUUCCGAACAGAAGAACUUUCAGUUUCAGCCGUUCUUCCCUGGCUGAUUGUGCUGCUUUCGGCUAACGAGGACUGCGGCCAUCGGAAUUCUGACAAAUCCUACGUGCAUUAAUUUGCAUAUUGUAUGAACUGAAGCUCUUAAUGGUGAUUCUUGACAGGAGGACUUUGAACUCAUCCUAACAUUUUGAGGUUCCUAAGAAAUGUUCAGGGCGGCUGCAUGGCAAUAGCAGCAUCCUGGCUGCAGAUCUCUGCCUCUUUUCUUUUCCACUUUGUGUCCGUUCAGCUCUGGACUGUAAUUUGUUUAUGUGCUGUGAACUAAGUGGGAGAAAGAAGCACAGCAGCUGUGAUUGCAACAGUUGGUAAACUGACUGUCAUGAGACCUAUCUGGAGGAAGAUCAUGAAUUUUAUCUACAGAGAUAAGAAAUUUUAAUCCUCCGUGUAUCUAUGUUUGUGGCACAGUAAUGGUUGACAUGGAAGCUAGCAAGAUAAAUGUGCUGCGGUUCUCACAAACCAUCUUGAAAUCAAUAUUAGAGUUGACAAAUUCGUAGAAUCACGAAGAACAGAGUGUACUUUGCUGUCAUUCAUUGUUUAACUCUGUUGCAGGGAUCCUGUUGGAAAUACAGGAAUACUUUGGGCUUAGUGACGGGGCUGCAGGCCUACUGCAAACAGGUAACAACAUCACUCGCAUUCAGAUUUGCCUUGUGCUUAUACGGUCUGUUCCUAAAACACGGUCUCAUUUUUUCUGGUUCCUUCUCAUGUGUGGUAUUGCUCGCUCCCGCUUGUGGGCAAGCUGCCUAAAAUGUGAAACCGAAAGCUGAAAGUCUUUGGUUCAAGGAAGACUAGAGUUCAGCCUUUCAAAAAUCCCACAGCACGUGAGCCAUAAAAGAUGAAAGAAUUUCUAAGUCAGAAAUACGGAACUUGAGCAGUUGGUGCCUGUUUUAUUUUUUAUAUAGUUUAAAUAUAUAUAUAAAUUUCUAUUUGAGUUUAUUUCUUCAGACUCAGCCCAUUAAAAACAAACAAACAAACAAAAAACUGAGUUUGUCUGAGGGCGUGGAGUACUGUAAGAACAAUUUGACCAAUAUUGUCUUUGUGCCCACUUGGAUUUCUAGUUUUCGUCUUGUGUUACAUGCUGGCUGCGCCCUUCUUUGGAUACCUCGGUGACCGGUACGACAGGAAAGUCAUCCUUGGAGCUGGUAUUUUCUUCUGGUCUGCUGUAACAUUAGCAACUUCAUUCAUCGGUGAAUCAGUAUGUUCAUUUUUUAGAGGCUGCUGCUGAAAUCACCUGCGUGUACCUUGCAGGAUUUGAUAGAGUCCUGCUCUGAUCAUGUUUGGAAAAGCUGUCAGUGAGCUUUCACUCCUCAGGCCUGGACUAAGUGGGCUUUGUGCUGGAAUGCUGUAUGGGAUGGUGGAGCCCAGCUUAGGCAACGGGGCACCUAUGCAUUAUAGUUGCAACUGAUGGAAUCUUAAUGCUGUCCCGAAUUCUACCUGAUUAUGACACUAGGGUGUAGUGGAUUGUCCAGCGAGCCUGAACUCUCUAUUGACCUUAUCCUGAAGUUCUCUGUGGUGUCACUCUAAGAAGUCACUACAGUGCAGAAGGUAGAAAGCACAGCAGUGGGAUGUGAGCAAAGCAGCACUGCUGGAUGUUCUUUCUUUUGCGAGGACUGGUCGGCAUUGGCACAGCCAGUUAUUCCACAGUGGCACCUACCAUCAUUGCAGAUCGGUUUGACGAGGGAAAAAGGACCACAAUGCUGUCUGCCUUCUAUAUCUGCAUUCCAGUGGGAAGUGGUCUUGGUUACGUCCUGGCAUCCGGCAUGGCACGUGUCACAGGCGACUGGCACUGGGCCUUCAGGGUCACUCCUUGCAUGGGAGGUUUAGCGCUGGUUCUUCUGAUUCUGCUGGUCCCGCGCAGGAUCCAGAGAAGGACAGAGGCACACAGAGCACGGAGCAUCUACGGCUCCAUACGAGUAGCAGCCGAAAAACCCGGUACACAGGGAGCUGCCAAGACUACCUGGUGUCAAGACGUCAUAUCACUUGGCAAGAAUUGCAGUUUUGUCUGGUCCUCGCUGGGUCUGACUGCCAUGGCCUUCGUCACGGGAGCGCUGGGCCUGUGGGUACCGAUGUUCCUCUACAGGGCUCAGGUUGUCCUGGGCACGGUGCCGCCGUGCCUCCAAGAAUCGUGCAGUUCAUCUAACAGCCUCAUAUUCGGAGGCAUCACCAUUGGGACGGGAGUCCUGGGUGUCAUUGCUGGGGCAGAAGCUGCAAGAAGACUAAGGAAAAUGAACAACGAAGCUGAUCCUCUGAUCUGUGCCACAAGCAUGUUUGUUUCUUCUUUGUGCCUCUACAUCGCUCUCAUGGCGGCCCAGAAGAACAUCCUUUCCACUUUUAUUUUUAUUGCAUUUGGAGAACUAUUUUUAUCUGUCAACUGGGCUGUUGUGACAGACAUACUGUUGUAUGUCGUGACACCAAGACGGCAGUCUACAGCCAUUGCCCUGCAGAUUUUGGUGAGCCACUUGCUGGGAGAUGCAGGCAGCCCGUACCUCAUUGGGAUGAUCUCCAAUGCUAUCCAAGCCAAGAAAGAUGCAUCACUCCAGUGGAGUUUCUGGAGCCUGCAGUACAGCUUCAUCAUCUGUGUUUUUGUCGGUGUCUGUGGAGGAGGUUUUUUCCUCCUGACAUCUUUCUACAUCGAGGAAGAUCGUAGGGAAGCAGAGCAGCUUUGAUCUUCUUAUGUAUCCUUUAAACCUGUAUCUGAUUACUUUUCUGAUGUAUGUUUAGCCAUGAUACUGACGCUGUAAUGUUCAAACACAAAUGUAUGUACUAUGGUAAUGCUACAAUAGUUUCUAUAAAUAAAAAAAAAGCAAAAUAUCAGCAAAGCCUCAGAUUAAGCGAAUCUCCCAUAUCGAGCAAAACAGACUUCGCAGAACGCACAAAGAUCACAGAAGAGCUGUUAAUGACCCCUUCAAAAUGCUACAGAAUAGGAAUAAAAGAGCUUUACAGCAGAUAAUGCACCACUGAAGCCUUCAUGGAGGGUGUGGUUCUUGCUCCACUCAGGGCUGUGCAGCCCAGUAGAACCAUAACUAGCUUUCUGCAAUACUUGUCCCUCUCCCCUGAAAGAAGUCACAUUCAAAGUGUAAGAAAAUCUGUUGAACUGGACAGAACCCUGCCCUUAAUCCCCUGGAUUCUUACAGCUUCCUUCUGCUCUGACUUGGUUUCCCAAGUACCAUAAAUUAAUGCUGCCUUUCAAGUGAACUCCAGGCCAAGAUUUGUAAAGAAGAAGAAAAU